CGUGUGGCUAGCUCUGCCUGUCGCCGAACUCUCGGGAUACACGGCUCGGUCAAAUACCGUUAACCAAACCAGCUACGAAUACUACGUACGAGCGCUCUCGCGCAUUCUUGAAUGAGACUAGAUAUCAACGCGAGGCAACAACCGUUUACCUGCGAUACCAUUUCAUGCCCGACGGAAACCUUACUAAAUUACUCUCGAGCUAGCUCCAGGUGGUUAUUCAGCAAACUACAGCAUUUACUCCUAAACCUUACAAAUUUUACUUCAACAUGGUGAAACUGACUGAAGGAAUAGUGCUUGCCAAAGCACGGGCAUCAGACUUGGAAAAUGUCAAAAAGCUGAAUUGCUGGGGUGGAGGUCUUACAGAUGUGUCAAUAUUCCAGCAGAUGCCCAACAUUGAGGUGAUCAGCUUGAGCGUGAACAGCAUCACAACGUUAGAAGACUUCGGCUUCUGUUGCAACCUGACAGAGCUGUACGUCAGGAGAAACUGCAUCGCAAGCCUGUCAGAAGUCUGGUUCCUGAGGAACCUGCCCAAGCUCAGGGUACUGUGGCUUGCAGACAACCCCUGUGCCGCAGGAGAUAACUACAGAGCCACCGUCCUUAGGAUAUUACCCAAUCUUCAUAAACUAGAUAAUAUCGUCGUCACAUUUGAUGAGGUGAACAGAGCGCUAGAGGAAGGUGAUGAACUAGAGCCCCCUAUCAACUCCAGCGGUAUCUACAGCAAUGGACACAUUCCAAACAACAACAAAGAUAACAAGGAGAAUAGAGACAGCUCAAUGGAAUUCAUGACACUAGAUGAAACAAAUAAAAUUAGAGAACAGCUGGGGCUGAAGCCAUUAUCAUCCGACAAACUCUCUCCUGCCAAACACAAGACUAUAAGCAGCCACAAAACUAAAAAUGCCAGUAUCCUAUCUGCAGUACUCACCCUGAUCAAAGAGUUGGAUAGGGACAGUUUGGAGGUGGUGGCUAAUGCCUGCAAGGAUAGACUAGAAUCAUUAUGAUCUCAUCUCAUACAUCCUCGCUCACAGCAGCAAAGUAUUCAUAAGGACAAACUCUUGAAAGACUGCCAGAGACUAAGAGAUAUAUUACUUGGCACAAACGGAGCAGGCAGGUGAUGGGGCUUACUACCUGACAGACAGACUCUUGGGGAUUUGUUUGUGUUGAUGUUGUUUCAUGAUUGAGUCAGGGGUAGUCCCAGGACAAGAGAGAAUCACACCUUAAAGUGAGAAAGAACCAUGUAUUGACCCGAUGGCUACAGAGACGUAAGAACAUAGAGGGACUGAUGCUGAAGCUGUUUGUAGAGCUGUCAUAGAGGUUACCUGGUGAAUACGAGACCAGUGUGGAAGCUGUUGUUCCAUCCUGCAAGUAUGGAGUGCACCGUGACUUUACUUCUCUUUACAAGGAGGAUAUCAAGGAUUCGCGUUGCAUCAUUUUGUCCUGUCGCAUAAGCCAUGGUGGAUAGAAAUAAUGAAUAGGGAAUUUGAAUUACCGAGCAUGUGUCAAACAGUGACAUCAAGUUGCCUUGAUCUUGAAAGUGGGUGUGAAUGACGAAGUGAAGUUGGUGUUUUAUCGUGUCACAUGAACUUUGAGAAUACUUGUUAUUCUGCUCAGACUGCUCUACAUAUUCAUAUUGAAAGAUACAUUAGAAACUGAGCAAUGCUGCUGUCGUUAAAGUUACUCAAAAAAAAUUAAUCCUUAGCAACCCAUUGGUAUAUUUUUUCCCCCUGUAAAGUGGCAAUGUCAGUAUCAUCUAGCAUGUACAGAAUGGUAUACUGUAUAUAGCAAUGCUCAAUCUUUCAUUUAAUCACCAAUAUGAAGAAAAAAGUAAAUGCUGCCUUUUACAUACUCUCUCAUACGGAAACAUAACUUGAAUUUGCUUCUUUUUAUUUGUUUAGAAGCACGUUUACACUUGGGAUAUAUGAAACCUGUUUUCUUAUCUGAUUUCACUUGCCUUUAUAACAGUAAAUGAUCUUGUACAGACAAUAAUUUAACCCUUCAAAUACUACAUUUUCUCAUUCCCAAAGCUUUAAUACAGGAAAAACCCGGUUCCAUUGGGCAAAUGGGUUAAGCAGGCCAAUUUUUGGCAGGGGGGGGGGGGGGGGGUUACAUAUAGGAGAAAGGGAAUCUGAUAGCAAUUCAAAAGUUCUGUUGUUUUUUACUUUGCAGGUAUUUAUUUUUUUGCAGUCGCAUCAAUUGUUCUGUGGGAGCUCCACUUUAGUAUGUAUUUUGAAAUCCUUCAUCAAGAUAUAAGAGCCACUACGGUAUGGCCUCUUGAGAACUGAAAACUGAUGAAGUAUGCAGGUUGUACACAAAAAGAUUUAUUUUGUCACAGUAAAAGUUAUUUUCUAUAGAUUGAUCAUGUGUGGAGUAAUAUAUUUUGAUAAUUUUUUGUUGAUUUAUAUGAUUACAUACAUGUACCGUAUUAAUGAAUUCAGCUAAUUUUCCUUGUUCUGAUUUUUUUUCAUAUACAGAAGGUUGAUUGAUGUAAAUGUCUGUGAUUCCACAUAAAUUACAUUUGUAUCAUUAGACUUGAUUUAGUGAAGUGAAACAACAAUUUAUAAGUUUAAUAAAUUAUUUUUGCAUUGCAGUGGCUCAUGAAUUUUAAGUUGUACAAUGUACAAAGAAGCAAGAAAGGAUGCAUUACAUCUGUACAUGUAUACCUAUGCCAUCGUUGCCAAAAGUGCGUUCAUGUAGCAGUUGGUAAUGUUUAUGCUUUUCUUGUCUGUUUAUACAUGUGAUAUAACAUUCCAAAGGAGAAAUUUCAUUGAAAGUCAGAUCAAACAGUAACAAUUUGGGUCUCCACCUUAGAAUCUAAAUUCUACACAUGUACCCAGUGAAAAAGAAGUUGAGCAGAGAGCUAUUGAUAUCAACUUUCAUAACUUGUGGUCACAUUUCGUUAUGAAGAUGUGGUCACAUUUCGUUAGGAAGAUGAGAGUACAUAAGUAUCAUGGAGAAAAGAUUUCAUGCUCAUUAACACAAGAGAAAACGUACAAAUGAAGAAUUCAAUUAUUUUUUUUGUUGACUUUUCUGAUUGAUCGCAAUGAGAGUUAAUACGAGGGAAAAAAGGUUGGUUCCCGAGACUCAAUAGAACAGUGGUGUCCUGUGGAUAAGCUUGAAAUUACCUUGUUAACCAAGAAAAUACAAAACUUAAUGAUUCAUCAAGAAAGUGGCUAUUAUCGAAACUAGGAAUAUUUCUCUGGUGGAUAUUGAAAUGAGUAUAGCAUCAUAUUUUUUCAAAGAAAACCCUGCUCCCUUUUUUGUUACACUGAAAUGUAUUUUCUUCUAUUUUCUUAUGUUUGUAAACAAAAUAUAUUUUUGGUCAAUUUUGAGAUGAGAAAGUUACCAGAGAAGUUGUGAUAUAUCGGCCCUACAAUCAACAAACAAUUCCUCUUCAUGCAGCCAAUGUGUAUUCUUUCAAUGUAGAGGGCGCUAUUAAAGAUUAGCUUGCAAGCACCAGUUGGGUGUUUGUAUGUGAGCCAUGAUAUAUAUUCAUUCCUGGAGGAUGGGUGUGUGUACUCUACAUGUACCAUGCAAGCUCAAGUUUGCCGAUUCUGUGGGAGAAAAAUAGCACAAAGGGUAGAUAUGAUUUACAAUUACUGGUAUAUGACUAACGCUGUUAAAAGUGGACGUACUUGCACCUUGGCCAACUUCUAACACUAUUUUACAUUUCACCUUCCAGAGGAUAUUCUUUAAGCAAAUUAUAUACCGGUAUGUAUAUGCAAACUAUAUGAUCACAAAGUCAAUUCUAAAUGAUGCAGGAUGGGAAGAAUGAUGUAAGAAAUGAUAAAGGAAUUUGUUUUUUUGUGGUCAUGAACCCGUGGUUUAAAAUCUGUGAUAUACUGGUACAUAAUAAUGAUGUAUUGACAGAUCUUUUGUAUGUUAAAUCUGAUUAAUCCAUUUGAAAUAUAUUGAAUGAAUGGGAAGGUAACUGCAACUUAAUGCAAAAAGGGUAUGGUAUUGAGUGGACAUGGCUGACGAUUGACUAUGGAAUUGCUCAUGUCCAAUUAUAUAUAUAUAUACUUGUCUUGUAUAUAUGUGUGUAUUUUGUCCUGUAAAUAAAUGAAAAAAUGAUGUGGAAACAACUUGUGAAAAAUCUUGCUACUUAUGUGUAUUAUCUGCAUCAUAUGAUUAAAAAAAGAGAUAUUAAAAAGUAUCUUUGUACAGGUGGAAAAUA